AUGAUGGCCUUCCAGGUAGAGGAUCCAAUAAUUAACGGAACCAAACAACUAAUAGACUUUAAGUACACUGAAUAUGAGUAAAACAUAAACGAUAAUGGUACAUUGAGUAAAACAGAAAAAUACUCAAUACCCCUUGAACAGUGUACAAUCAAGCACUUCCAGGAGUUCAAUGAAUCCACCAUCUACAAUAAAAUACUCAAAAAUCAACUGAAUGGCUAUUAUUGUCUGCCACUCAAUUACACUCUGAUUUUGUAAGGCACCUACAAAUCCAAUACAUUCCAAUAUGGUAGAAUCACUGCUCUACUAUGUUAAACUAGUGCCUGCUAUUCCACCACUGAAAUUCAAUAAUUAUAACUCCUAGGUUAUUUGAAUAAUAGUUUUAAAAUCAACACUUUGAUGCUAAACCGAAUCCCGAAUUUAAACCUGGAAUCAAAUUACAUUUCCUAAAUCUACUCUGACUUCUACAUUUCUGCCAAGUAUGGCCUCGAAACCAAGACAGACAUCUACCUCGAGAAACAGGCAAUGACAGUCGAUAAUUCAGUUGUCCCAGGAAUCCAGGACAUCAAUAACCAGCAAGUGUUUUCCAUAGUGGAAAAUAAAUUGGCACAACAAUAAGUUUAUACCUCCAAUUUUACUCAGGUCGCAUCCUUUUACUUACGUCUUUCGCAAUCCGAAACACAUCACUCCAAGCAAUACUAUCGCAUAGACGAACUCAUUUCCUAUGUUGGUGGCAUAACUAAGUUCUUAGCCACUGUACUGGGUUAUUUUAUACUUCGUUACAAUUAGACUGGUUUGUAAAUUAAAAUGGCUAAUGCAUUGUACUAAUUUGAUAUGCCAGAGAAAAAAAAGGGAGAAUUAGUCUUCUCUUUUCAAUCUCUGGUUACUAAGAUAAUAGACUCUAUGAAGUCUGUUGAUGAUGUAGUUCAAAAAUUUAAACAUAGUGCUCAUAGAGUAAUUCAUAUGACAAGGGUUGCAACUGCAUUAAAGUUUCCGAUCAGCUCAACUCAACCUAAUGAAUCAGACAAUGUAAGUGUGCAUACAAACAAAGUGUAAGUCAUAAGCAGCGAUGCUCAUUACGGCAACUUAAAAUCAGAGAAAUCAGUUGAUUAAUCUCAUGAGAAUCAACACCAGCCCAAUUUAGAUAAGGAUAAAGAGAAGUUCUUGGAUUAAUUUAUUAAGUUGAUUUUGGAGAGCAAAAAGAAACUGUCUUUUGGAGUGCUUUUUAUUGUGAAAUAAAUGUGUGAUUUAUUCAAGAAGAAUAGCACAGUCAAUUAUUAAGCUAAGAUAUUUGAAAAGUCAAGGAAAAUGAUCUUGACAGAUAUGGACAUCUUAGUUGUUAUAAGCAAACUAUAGGAAAUCGAGAAGUUCAAACACAUCUUUCUCAAUAAGACUCAAAGGAAAGUAUUUAAUUACUUGCCUAAACCAGUUGUGUGUAUCUCUGAAAAUCUGAAGGAAGUGUAAAAAGACAAAGUAUCAAAUAACGAUUUGGCAAACAAAAAGAACGAUAUGUUGAAAUUCAAGAGCAGUUCAAAGAGUCUAUUGGGAGGCAGACAGAUUUAUAAUACAGAAAGAAAAUUCAAGACAUUAUACAAAGCAUACGAAAGUUUGGCUCUAGAUGUUCAUGAGAACAAUGAAGAACUUGAACACUAAUAGAAUUACCAUCAGGAUCAUCAUGAUCAUCAUGAGAACAAUGAAGAUAUGGAACAUCAUGGCAAAAAUCAUGAGAAUCACGAACACUCAUUCAACAAUAGAGUAAACUAAGAAAAUUCAUUGAACCAACGAUUGUUAAAGAUGGUAGAAACUACGAUUCAGUAUAGUUUCAAUUCUCUUGUUGAACUAGAAAAACUAUCCAAAUAAGCCAGAGAUUCUAAGAACAAAAGGAAGAGAACCAAUGCUCCAGUUCACAAAAAUCGUAUGGCUCAAUUAGAUUCGUAGAAUGAAGAAGAAGAAGACGAGAUAGAUUGCGUUUCUCUUAAAGGAUCUAAGAAGGAUCAAUUGACAAAACGAUCUCCUAAUAGUUUGAAUGGUUGUCAUAUUAAGAAAACUCAUAACACUCUGGCAAGUAGUGCGAGACAACAUCAAGAAAUCAAAUUAACUAAAGUCCUAUCCAAAUAAGACCUAAUUGAUAUAGAAGUAUAUAGUUCAUGA